CACUGAAUCACUGAAUUACGGGAUCACUGUACAGCUACCAGUCACACGCCGCAUUCCUGCAUAGCAGGGUUUGUAACGAGGAUCAGUCAUAAUAGUCGGCUGAAUCCAGAAACCGACGACCUUCCUCGGCGGAGAGCGAACAGGGGGAAGCAACGUCUCUCGACCCUCAUACUUGACGCUAAUCUCGAACAAAAUGGAGGAAUUUGACUAUGAAUCAAGCGAUGGUGGCAUCGAGAUACUGGACAAUGUCACCGGCUACGAGAACCCGAAGAAUGCUGCCGCCUCAUCCUCGACUAUAACCUCCGCCGGUCCUUCAGCUCUGAAUAAUUUGGAUACUGAAAUCGCCGCUAUAGAUGACCAGAUAGCAUCUCUACGACAAUUGCGCUCUGUAUUGCAGAAGGAACGUCAAAGUCUUCUGCAGCAGGCUUCGUCGGAACAAGUAAGACAGACGUUGCCCUUGGCCAAAAAGAAGAAGAGCGCAGAGAUCCUGCUCGAUUAUACGAAACCUUCCGAGCCUUUCGAAUGGGCCUCGCAACUGAAAAAGACGAUGGAAAAGGUGUGGGGCAUAAAGUCAUUUCGACUUUGUCAAGAAGGGGUUUGUAAUGCAAAUAUGGACGGUAGGGACAUACUCUGUGUGAUGCCCACGGGGGGCGGUAAAUCGCUAUGCUAUCAACUACCAGCACUUCUAAGCCCAGGAACUACCAUCAUUAUCAGUCCCUUAUUAUCGCUUAUUGCCGAUCAAGUUCUGAAUCUGAGGGAAGCGGGUGUCGAGUGCGUGAUGUUGACCGGAACCACGUCGAAGCAAGAGCAGAACGAGGCCUUUGCACGGAUGACAACGAAGCCGGGCCCAGGUGGUCGGGGAAAAGAAAUCAAGCUAUGUUAUGUGACUCCCGAGAAAGUGGCCAAGAGCAAACGCCUGAUUAGCGUGAUGGAACAACUCGCCACGUCCGGGCGACUUGCCCGUAUUGUCAUAGAUGAAGCGCAUUGCUGCUCGGCUUUAGGCCACGAUUUCCGUCCCGAUUACAAGCGGCUUUCCGUUUUGAAAUCGCUCUUCCCCAAAGUACCCAUACUUGCAGUCACAGCCACUUUGUCACAAAAGGUCCUACCAGAUCUCCUGAAGAUCUUGAAGCUGCCACCGCUCUGCGAUGGCCGAGCGGCCAAUUCCCGCGGGACUUGCGCCUUCUCUGCUCCGCUCUACCGAAAAAAUCUGCAUUACAAGGUUUUGCCCAAAGCUACAAACGCUAAAGUGGCUAUACAAGAAAUGGCUGACUGGAUACGAGAACAUCAUCCUGGAGAGUCGGGUAUUGUCUACUGUCUUAGCAAAAAGGAUACGGAGGUCGUCGCACAAGGAUUAAUGGAAGCCUCGCAAGGCUCUAUCAAGACCGGCGUCUAUCACGCUGAUGUGGCAGAUGCAGCCAAAGAGAGGAUCCAUCGAGAUUGGAAACGUGGCAAGCUGCAUUGCGUUUGCGCAACGAUCGCAUUCGGCCUCGGAAUCGAUAAAGCAGAGACCCGUUAUGUCGUUCACGCUUCCAUGAGCAAAUCCAUGGAUGGCUACUAUCAAGAGACGGGUAGAGCAGGUCGAGACGGAGCACGAAGCGACUGUGUUUUGUAUUACCGUCACCAAGAUGCUUCAAGAAUACUAUCACUCACUCUAGGAGAAACUGACGGGCAAAGCAAGGUACACGACAUGCUGAGGUAUGCUCAAGACAUCACCACGUGCCGUAAUAAAAUCUUUGGAAAGUACUUCGCAUCCAGUGCCCUGCUCUCUUCAGAAAAAGGCGAUAAAAGCCCAGAAAAUUUGGAUUCACCAUGUGGACACUGCGACAACUGCUGUCGAAGUUCUGAUCAGAAACAGACGCUGGACAUGACCCGCGCCGUUUGGAAAGCACUGAAAGUGGCGGAAGCGGUGUCCCGCGCCGGAGGCCGAGUGACACUGAGCGGAUUGGCGGACGUGGUACGAGGUCUCGCAGGAGGAACAUUCCCAGUAGUCCAGCCAUCGAAAGCGCAAUCAUCGGAGACACGAGGGGCAGUAGAUCUCGAGGCGCUUUGUGGCGGCAAGCUCAUUUUGAGCAAAGAGCGAACGGAAACACUGCUCUUGGAUCUGGUUCUCAACGGGUAUCUUCAAGAGGAUUUUCACGCCACUGCUUAUGCCGUCAAUGUUUACGUGCAACCGGGACCAAAGGCUACGAGAUAUACUCGACUGGCAUCGGGCGCCGUAGACGAAAUUGCAGCAUCGCUGGUAUACGAAUUCACAUUUUUGGCUACCGGCAAGAGCGCAGCUCAAUCCAGUACCCGAGCGACCGCUGGCGUCAAGAGGAAAUCGACCGCUAAGAAAGGCACGACGGGUGAUUCCAAGAAGCGGGUCAAGGGUCGUGGCCGUACAUCAGAAACUCCUGAUUCGGAUUUCGACUUUGAAGUGGAGCAGAUGGCGUCGGAGGAAUUCGAGCUCUACGGAUGAGUCCGAUAGCAUUGUAACCUUUCGGCUGGAUGUAGCUCCGGCUUUUAUGAGUCCGACGUGAAGCGAGUUUCUAGUAACUCUGGAUGCACGUUGAAAUACCUAUUCAUCGAACCAGUCACCGUCUCGA